AUGCGCAUUAAGGGGCGACCGAUGGGGCCCAUGGCCGGCCAGACAGAAUGGGCCAAAGAGACAAGAGAGAAGAAGAUAGAUCCUUUUGCCAGGCCGAUUUCCGUACCCGGGCCAAAGAGACAAAGGAGAAGAAAAGUGUGUUCCAGAGUCGCCAUUCCUCGUGGACACAGGCUCGGCAACUUCCGCCGCUUUAAAACUGCCACCACCCACUUCCCCCCCCCCAACUCCCGAACGGACAACAAAGGCCAGCAAGAACAAAAGAGUGUUGGCAAAAGACGUUUGGUGCGCAGAUGCUGCUUCGGUUGGCCCGGCACCAAGCGCUUCCCGUGUCUCGGGGGCCGGCUGAACUGGGGGGAGGGGAAGAAGGUGUCAGCGCCACCUCAGAGCCGGCUUUGCCUGUUUUUCCCACGAAUUUCUGGGCUGUGGGCAACCCGGACGCCUUUACAGUCUGCGAUAGAUCCGCUGCCAGAGUCAGGUGACGUCACUCAACCGACUUCUUCUCCAGCUCUGGCACGUCGUGUAACCGCCGGCAGACGUAGACACUAA